CUUCCAAGCGCAGGAUUGCUUGGAGCUCCAGAGAGAGGCGUAAUGUGGGGGCUCCUUGGCCCGCAGGACAAUGUGGGAAAGAGCGUACUGCAAGCUCCCAACACGGCAGUUGCCCUUGGUGUUGGGCAUGUGCUCGUAGUAGAGCGCUCUGAAUGAAGCUGGCAUAACUUGUUGCAUGUGGUAGGUGGCUAGGGUGUCUGCAGAAGUUUUUAUGUUGUUCAGAGGAUGGAGCAACCUGCAGUAGGCUUGGCUGAAGUAUGAGCACCAUUGAAAGGCAUGUAACUCUGCGGUUCUGGAGGCAAGUUAGGUGGUGAGCCUAGACUUGGACACAAUGGAGCCCCAAAAGCAGCAACAGGGUGCAGCCGCUCUGACUUCUUCCAGAAUUUCAUGGUCUGGAAUCGCACUGGAUACCACCUUCCAGAAGCCCGCCUUGUCAGCUUGGCCCGCAGGAGACUCUCAAAACGCACUUGAACGAUGUGAGCGGCGGCUCGCAUCGCUGUCCUCUGCAGCGGCUGGCCUCUGUCCGGAAAAAGCGUGGUCAAAAUUGCAUUGGGAGAUUCUGCAUUGCAAGACGGGGCGCUUCCAGAGUCCAGCUCUUGCAUCUCUGAGCGGUCAAUUCUCUUCCCGCCACAGUAACCGGCAGUCACCAGUCAGCCUAGUCAUAAAUACAUCAUCAGAGGGAAGACCAGGUCGUCGCAGGCGCAGCUUAGGCAGCAUUGAAACAGAUUGGGAGCCAGAAACCCCUCAGUAUUCAGCAUACGAAACAUCAGAUGAGCGGAUCGAGGAAGCGACAGCUCAGGGCAUUGCUGACGGCACUCACGACGGACAGUUUGCAUCUGUCGCCCAAGGAGAAAGAGAAGUUUCAAUUGGAGAAUCGCCUCUCAUAGACUCAAAAAGGGGUCGACUACGUUCCCGACUUGAGCGCCUGGCGGCCACUGUCAAAAACAUGGACGUGAAAAGUGUCGGCCUAUUCUUUGGCAAAGUCUUAGCUCUCGCAGUCGUCUACGAAGCAACGAGCAUGGGCGGCAAGUCGCACCGCGUGGCCUGGCGGGGCCUGCAGUGCGCAUGCUUGGUGCAUGCUUCACCCUGGAAGGUUGGGAGAGUGCCGGGCAUCGCUGCAGUUCUGAGGCCGUUCAAGCCAUUCACACGACCGAUGGUCAUGAUGAGCAUCGCAACCCUCUUCUCCGGUGGCGAGGGGCCACCAACUGCUUUGCAGGGCUUACAGAGCGAGGAGUCGGCUCGGAUUGCGCACAAUGUCCAGACUCAUGCGGAGGGUGACCUGGAACUUCGAGCGCUUGAAGCUCUGAAGGCAGAACUGCAACAGAAGAAUAUCAACCUUCCCCCAAGGAUCGACGACAGCGAGCUGCGCUACUUUUUGCGGUCCAACGCCCACUACCUCCCAGUGGUCAUCAAAAAGCUGCAGGACCACCUGCGGUGGCGCCAGUCGCAGGUGUUUCUGACGCAGACGGAGCUCCAAAAGUGGGACCACCUGGUGUUCUGGCACGGCAACGACGGGGACGGGCGGCCGUGCCUCGUCGUGCGGCUGGGGCAGGCGUACCAGGAGCUUGCGCGGAGCGAGCAGGCGACGUUCGUGAAUGUUUUGAUUUCGCAGACGGAGCAUGGCGCAAGGGAGCUGGUGCACGCGGGCACAGCGGUGGAGGACCUGACGAUCAUCGUGGACUGCUUCGAGAUGCAGCUGCUGUCGCUGCCCGUCUCGCUCAUGAAGGCCGCCGCCGAGACGCUCCAGCGCAACUACCCGCGCAGGCUCGCGCACAUGUACCUGCUCAAUGUCCCGGGCUUCCUGCGGAUAGUCGCCAUGGCCAUCCUGUCGGUAUGCGGCCCCAUAACCCGGCAAAAGAUCCGGGUGCUAGGCGAUCAUUUCACGCCCGUUGUCGAGCAGCAGAUUGGAGGCCUUCAACGACUGCCACGUGUCCUUGGCGGCCAAUGCCAGUGUGCGAAGUGCGACCAAGUGGAGGCAGAAGUCAGGGCAGCAGCGCAAGCAACACCAAGGCCCCAGCUUAGAGUGCAGGGCCGAGAACCGAUUGCGACUCCCGAAUCAGUGGGGAUGGCGAACUGGGCGGAAGUGCCUCAGGCAACGGCAGCGGCGUCGCCUGGGGAGUCAUGGCGUCAGAUUCUUGCAAUUAUCGGAUUGAUAUUCGUUAUGCUAGUUCCGCUCGUCAUCAAAUUGAUCACAGCAGACUGGAGGAGUACUCAAGAAGUGGAGACGGAAGUAGUUUCCUGAAAGUUUAAAUGCAUGUCGCAGCAGUAACGAUUGACCGGCUGAAAUUCUGACUAAUGCCACAUAGAUUCUUACAUGUGCUUUUGGAGAAGCUAGAUAAGAGUUGGUGAUGUGCAAACGUGGUUCUGAUCAGAAUCCAUCGAGAAUUGCUUCGAAGUCUAUCGGGACCCGAUGUCCGGACAGCACAUAUCAUCAGGAUUGGCAAGCAAGAUUACCCGAAU